CCUGCCGCCAAGACGGCGGCGCGUCGUGAUUUGCGCAUGCGCUCCCGCUACGCCUUCCUCGCGCUCAUCCCGGGUGUCCUGCGGCCACGUGACCGUUGGGCGUCAUGUGAGCGUCCAAGAUGGCGGCGCUGUUGCUCUGCUUGGUGGCUGCGGCGUGAGAACAGGCGGGUGAUUUGGUGAUGUAAGGAUGGCUGCCCCACGGUGCAAUGCUGUGGUUGAGGGAGAAGCAUCAGAGACUGAUUCAGAGGAAGAGGUUUAUUUGUCCUCUGUGCCUCCAGCCUCGCUUCCCAACCUUUCUGGUGUGAAAGUCCUGGGGGAGGCCUCUGAAUCGGAUGAGGAAGACAAUGCACCUGGUGGACCAAAAACGGAGCCUCAGUUAAUCAGUUCAGACUUGCCUCCCCUGAUCGUCUACAGAAACGAAGAGCCAGGGUCUCCCCUGGCAGUAGAAGAGAAGCCUGCCCUCCAUAUCAGACACCGUGGCCGCUACAGCACAUUACUGCAGCAGAAGCUGAUUGAGAGUAAUACCCGCUUGUACUACGAUGUCAGCAGUACCGUCAAGAAUGUGUACCAGACUGCCAUCAAAGAGAUUGGAGCCAUCACGGGGCAACUCAGCGACUCCCAAAAUGGUAUCAUCAAUGCCUCGCACAGCAUCCGGCUUGUCCUGGAUGAUUUACAAGGUGUUGCAGACAAGAUAGAUAUCAUCACUAGCUGCAACCUGCUGCCUGAUAUCCAAAUAGCACUGCCUCCCUCGCCCCCCUAAGCAGGCCCAGAAUGACAGAAAAUUGGUUUAUUUCUUCUGAAAAUCAAUCAUUCAAGCAGCAGGACUGCUUAGACUUUGGCCAGAGGGUGCGAUGAGAACAUGAAAGAGAACUGGCUGUUGCCUCAGAGGUAGUCUUAAGUGGGCAGCCGUGUUGUGUUUGUCACGAUUUAUUUUUGCUUGAUAUUUCAGUGACUGCACCUCGUAUAAUAACUUGGCCUGUUUUGUUCCAGUAAGACAGAAUCAAACAAUACAAAACUGCUUUUGCCAUA